AUGGAAUCUGGUAAAAGUUUUGGAGAAGUUGCUCUUAUAUCCGAAGAUUCCACGAGAAACGCGUCAGUUAUUGUUGAUACAGAUUGUGAUUUUCUUGUUGUGGGUAGAAAACUAUUCAACAGAUCAUUGAAGGCUUACGAGGAAAGUAAAUAUGAAAUGACGAAGACUUUUAUACGAUCACACCCUUAUUUUACCAACUGGUCUCCUCGUUUCAAGCGGCUACUAGAACUUAGUUUAAGGCGAGAAGUUUUCCCAUUUGAAUCCACAAUAGUCAAACAGGGCGAUAGAGUCAAAGGUGUUUUCUUUAUAGUCAAAGGACAGGCAAACGUAACUGUAGAACCUGGUCGCCAUAGGCAACAGUAUCAUCAAUUGUGGCCGUUUGAAGCCGGUGUUGACACGUACUCUAUAGAAUUUGAAUGGUUGCGAGAAUCCCGUAAGAACGCCAUUUUGCGUAGAUAUGAAAAUCCAGCGGUUAUUCCUACUAAACCAGACCAUGUGACUAUUAGGAGAAAGGAGGGGUGUGGAGCGGUUGAAAAAAAGCGGCAGGAAAAGUCGAUCUGUCUGUGUACUCUUAGCGAUGGCGAAAUUAUCGGGGACACUGAGUUGUCAAUGAAUUUAAAGACUUAUAUGCAAACCGUGGUGUGCACAGCCGAUACAGAGGUGUUCAUGCUGGAUUUGAAAACUUAUGAUCGACUGGUCGGCAGAAAGAAUCUUGGCACUGUAGCCAAAAUGAAAGCUCACGUUGUUGAUAAAUUAGAAACAAGACUUACUUUAGUAGCCGGGGAUCAGAUUCCCUUAUUAAGAUAUUUACAUUACAAACUCACUGAAACCUCUUUGCCAUCAGCCAAAAAACUUCCACCUUUAAAAGCCAGCAAGUCUCUCCCGGCCACUGAUGUACAGUUUCAAUAUUUAUUGGAGAGAUUUCGAGAGGGUCGCGCCCCCUUAGUGCUUCCCCACGUCCCCGGUGCAUUGUAUUAUAAAGAUUUAAUGGAAGAAAAGGCGCGAAUUCGUGAAAAUGUCAGACGUCGAACGACCUUAAGUCUAGCAGAGAAAGUUCGCGAAACAAGGCGAGCCAUAAAUAGGCGAAAACCAAGAAGCAGACGAGAAAUAUGCGAGUCUCUUAGAGAAAUGGCGGAAGCGGAACUAAUUAUGUACGAACAACCUGGCCAUUCUAAAAAUCCAGAUUUAAUUUUGGAGACAUACCGAUCCACGGACAAUCUUACAGAGGCCAAUGCGGUCAAUACCUCGAGGAGUUCUUUGAUGCCGCCUACAGCACAACAGAUGGAUAUCAUGGAUACAUCUACAACGCAUGUGAAGGAUACCCGAUUACUGCCCAUAACUGAAGUUGCCAAAGUUCAAAAUCAAAAUCAAAACAUAACCGAGACAAUCAAUCAAAAUAUAGAAUCAAAAUCCGAGCCAGCACCUUUUGUCACAACAAUGCAAAAACCAAUCGAAACAGAAGCUCCGCCAUCGACAAAUCUUCUUCAACCACCAGGAGUAGAUAAAUCUGAGACACAAUCUCGUCCUACGUCAAAAUGGGAGACUCCUAGACAGUUUGUUAAGGAACAAAUACAAGCCAAGUAUACGUCCCUCAACAAUUUGGACCAGGAUGAAAGUUUUGAUGACUUUGAGACGAGCGACACGACACUGAGUUACCUGGAAUCACGUAUCAGAUCUUUUCAUAUUAGAUAUGGCGAUAAGCCAAAAAUGUCUCUGAAGCUGCCAAAAUUAAAACGCUUUAAAUUGGAUCUACAGGAUGAUGGUCACAUUAAACCUAGACCAGGAGGACGUGUAUGGAUGCAUCGUAAACAUUGUCGAUUCGCCGAGAGUAAGAUCCAGGUGAAAGGUCAUGAACAUGUGCGUCAUCACAUGGUGUCGUCACUACCCGAAUUCACAUCUAUAAAACAAACUCAAAUGGUGGUUAAUGUCAUGAUGAGUGGACGAAAUGGCGAUCAGGAUUGACGAUUUACUGUGUUAAAAAUUCAGAGAGUAUUUUAAAUAGUUGGACAUCGUCAUGUUGGGCGUUUUAAAUUGAUCAGUUUCCAUAUGAAUUGCUUCAUUUACUUUCAAUAAUUAACUCUUUAUAUACUUGACGUAGAUCUUCUCCAACUCCAUAUUUUGUAUAAAUAGUAAAACAUGAGAGAUUGGCUUCCAGUUUGACCCCAUUAUAUGAAAUAAUAAGGUAUGUAUGAAUUCGUGUCAGUCAAAUACACCCUUAAUGGAUUUAAGAUUUAAAAAUCGGUUAAGAAACCUGGAUUAUUAGUGUUGAGACAAUCAGAGGAGUAGAAAUAAGUUUUUAUUAGUUGAUCUGUCUAAAUCAAUGAAGUUACAGCCCAGCCCAUUCCCCUGCAUGAAAAUGAAAAUGACAAUGACCAUGUCUUACCGCCGCCCUUUUGUUCGUAAAAGUGCUUUAGUGUCUAUAUCUAUAUAAUAUUUUACU